UCGCGAGACUUCCCUCCCCACUCUAUUCGUGACCACGUCAAGGGAACCCAGAAGUUAGAAAUCAUGGCGGAGCGCAGGAGACACAAGAAGCGAAUUCAGGAGGUCAGUGAACCUACCAAGGAGGAGAAGGCGGUGGCCAAGUACCUGCGCUUUAACUGCCCUACCAAAUCCACCAACAUGAUGGGACAUCGGGUGGAUUACUUCGUCGCCUCCAAAGCAGUCGACUGUCUGCUGGAUUCAAAGUGGGCCAAAACAAAGAAGGGCGAAGAAGCUUUGUUCACAACCAGAGAGUCGGUGGUGGACUACUGUAACAGGCUCCUGAAGAAGCAGUUUUUCCACCGAGCCCUGAAAGUGAUGAAGAAGAAGCCAGAGAAAGACGUAAAGAAAGAGAAGGAAAAAGAGAAAGAAAAAGAAAAGGCUAAAAGUGACAGUGGCAAAGAAGAAGAGAAAAAAAGCAAAAAGGACAAAGACAAAAAGAAGGAGUCUGAGGCUACAGACACAAAGAAGGAAAAAAAUGAUGACAGUCCAGGAUCUCCAAAGAAGAAGAAGGAUGUGAAAAAGAAAUUCAAGCUGGAACCUCACGAGGACCAGCUGUUCUUGGAUGGAAACGAGGUUUAUUUUUGGAUUUACGAUCCAGUCCACUUUAAAACCUUUGCCAUGGGCUUGAUUCUAGUCAUUGCCGUCAUCGCAGCCACUCUGUUCCCUCUGUGGCCCGCUGAGAUGAGAGUUGGUGUGUAUUACCUGAGCGUGGCAGCAGGAUGCUUCGUCGCCAGCAUACUGCUCCUGGCCGUCGCUCGUUGUAUCCUGUUCCUGAUCAUCUGGCUAGUGACCGGCGGCCGUCAUCACUUCUGGUUCCUACCCAACCUGACAGCCGACGUGGGCUUUAUCGACUCCUUCCGCCCCCUCUACACGCAUGAAUACAAGGGUCCGCGCUCCAGCUCCAAGAAAUCCAGCGGCGAGAAAUCCGACAACAAGGAUUCCAGCAAAGCGCAGAAAUCGGAUAGCGAGGACAAAUCGGACAGCGAGAAGAAAGACGGCGAUGACGAAGACGAUGACGACGACAAUAAAGAAAUGGAGGCGAGCGAGGAAGCGGGCGCAGAACGUCAGUCGGACACGGACAGUGACAGACGCGAGGACGAAGGGUCGCAGCACAGCAACGGCAACGACUUUGAAAUGAUCACCAGAGAAGAGCUGGAGCAGCACACAGAGGAAGACGAGGAAGAAGACGAGGAAGAGCAAAGCGAGACAAAGCCCUUGACUGUGCAGACAUAAACGUUUUCCUCACGCCGCGCACAUACUCCCAUGCUCCAUGUGGACCUGCUGACGUACUUCUGUCAUGUUCGGAAGAUGUUUCCCAUUUCUGUUCAGGCUGAGAUCUUCCUCUGUGAAAACAGACAGGCUUAAAGGUUAAACGAGAGCAGAAAACGGCUACGAUGACAAUGGAAAAUACCGCUAAGGAAAUGCUUCCCCCUACUUUGGUUGCAAGAACCGCAAAUCUCCCUGACCCCUGUUUUUUUUCUUCUUUCAUCUUUGCUUUAUCUAAUGUCAAGUAUUUUACUGUAUACACAUGUCAGUAGUGGAUUGGUGAGUUUUCACAUAUGAAGGCUCGCUGUCCAACCAAGUCAGAGAAAUUCAAAUCUGGAAGUUUUUUUUUUUUUUUUUUUUUUUUGUCUUUUGUACCUUUUAGAUGUGUUGGAUAAUUUGGACGGACCAAUAUAUUUUGUCUUAGAUACCUAUUAAGUGUUACUUUCUACCGUAAAUCUCAAUGGCACUUGGCCUGUGACAUUUCUGUUUGGAAAUCUGGGAGAUCUUGCUUGGUUUGAGACGAGAGCUGUAUUUUUGUGGACUUGUGACAUGGUCUGUCUCAUACAUUUCUGCAAUCAUGUUUUGUGACCCUGAUGAGAAAUAGUCCUGGCUACUGGAAGUUAAUAAAUCCAAACAACAUACUUGAUUGUAGUAGGCAGUUAUUUAAAACCAAACUCCAGUUGAGUCUCAUGAGGUCGGCUGCGUCCGGAAGGGGAAACUACAUCCACAUUUGUGCCAAAUGAUGCUGGGUAUUGAUGGUUUUGUCAUAAACAUUCAAAUUCCGACCAACUUCCAGACAAAUAGUUCAAACGUCAUGCUGUAGCUCGCAUCCGUGCAUCAUAGCCUCCCAUCUGGUCUUCAAACGCUGAGGUCGGCAAAUCAAACAUCCCUGAGGGGCUGUGGUCCAAAAUAGCCUGUUAGUUAGUUAGCGUUUUAAUAGGGCAGAAGUCCAAUACUGUCCUGCCGUAGGGUUGCAUACUAUUGGCUAGAGUAUUAUUUUACAUUAGCUGUUUCUUUGACUCAUACUGAGGAUGAUAUUUAAGAGAUGAAAUACAAAUGUAUCAUUUAUAUAUGGAUUCUAUAUUCUAUAUGUCUCCACCAGAGACAUUCAUGCCAGCAGUUCAGGUUCAGCAUGAACUGUACUCUUAUUUUAUAAUGUCAGACACGCAGGUUUUCAUUUUACUGCAUUUUCUACAAAUACUAAAACCACAAAAUAUUUUCAACGAUGGAAAGGUUGUGUUUGGACAAUGUGUUGGAGUUGAAAAGCAGAAAAGAUCUGUUCAUCUACAGUGCUUUGACUCUAGUGGUCAUCACGUGCGCACAAGAGACUGCAAAGGUGGUUUUUCUAUAGUAAACCCUCGUUAAAGCAUCCCUCAAAAUUCAUGGUCAUCUCAAGUUCACAAGGAGCAGGAAACCCUCGUGCCUGAGUGAACAUCUCUCGUUCUUCUUCAAAUGCUAAGAAACUUUAACCAUGUCUGUAAGUAGAUGAUCUUGUUGGUCACACUUAGUGUUCCUGUAGAAAUACUAUGUAUGUCCUCAAUAUUCUUUGUCAUUGACUUUGAAGACCUGGAUAGACUGGGCUUGACACCAUGUGUGUAACUAAAGACAUUUUGUAUUUUCUUUCACCUGUUUUCUGUCCCAUUGUCUUUGAGAGAUAAAGAUGCUGAUAUGCCAGAUUGAUUUUUUUUUUUUUUUUUAAUUGGCAGGAAAUUUAAUUCACACCAUUGACUGUCUGUCAUAAAAUGUAGUGUUACAUCAUUUAUAAAAAGCAAACUGAAAUCCCAUUAUUCUUUUUAAUGUGGUCAGCAUCUUCAACUAACUAAUUGUCCGUAUUUGGAUCAAUGUUGAGGACUGUCUUUUUGCAAUAUCUGGAGAAUAAUUUAAGUGUCUGUCAGAAACUAUAUCUGUAUCCUUUCAUUGCAAUAAAAAUAUAGAACACAA